AUGCAACAUUUAAGAGGAACUAAAGAUAUAUUGCCAAAUGAAAUUAUAUUGUGGCAACAUUUACACAAAAUAGCUUCACAAAUAUUUACAUUAUCUAAUUAUCAUGAGAUUCGUACUCCUAUAAUCGAAUCAACUGCUUUAUUCAACAGAAGUAUAGGUAAUGAAACAGAUAUAGUCAAUAAAGAAAUGUAUAGCUUUAUUGAUCAAGGUUUAAGGGAAAUUACUUUAAGACCUGAGGGAACAGCUAGCAUUGCAAGAUCUUUUAUUAGUAACCAAUUGUAUCAAACAAAUCAAAUACAUAAACUCUGGUAUUUAGGACCUAUGUUUAGAUAUGAAAGACCUCAAAAUGGCCGGCAAAGACAAUUCCAUCAAUUGGGUAUAGAAUGUAUAGGAAGCUUAAAUCCUAUGUCUGAUGUAGAAGUUAUUCGUAUUGCAAACAGUAUUUUAACUAAAUUAGGAUGUUCUAAUUACAGAAUUGAAAUCAAUUCUAUUGGCAGCAAAGAAGAACGUAAUAAAUACAAGAAACAACUUAUCAGAUAUUUAACACCUUAUAUACAAGACUUGGAUCAAGACUCACAAAAAAAACUAGCUACUAAUCCCUUGAAAAUUUUAGAUAGUAAGAAUAAGAAAACUCAAGAAAUUUUAUAUCAUGCACCAUCUAUACAACAAUACUUAUCAAAUGAUUCUAUCAUACAUUUUAAAUCAGUAUGUGAAUACCUUGAUAUAUUAAAAAUUGAUUAUAAUCUUAAUACAAACUUAGUUAGGGGCUUAGAUUAUUACAAUUAUACGGCAUUUGAAGUUAAGACCGAUUUAUUAGGUAGUCAAAAUACAAUCUGUGGCGGAGGUCGAUAUGAUCGAUUGAUUCAACAAUUAGGUGGACCUAGUACUCCUUCUGUAGGAUGGGCAAUUGGAAUAGAGCGAUUAUUAUUACUUGUAAAAAAUAAUUUAGAUAUAAUACAAAGUAGACCAUGUGUUUAUAUAGCACAUCAAGGUGAAAAAGCAAAAACUGAAGCAUGGAAAAUAGUAUCUUUACUCGAAGAAAAAGGAAUUAGCUUUGAACUAAACUUAGAUAAUAAUAGCUUCCGUAAACAAUUAAAAAGAGCUAAUAAAGUAGAUGCAAAAGUAUGUAUAAUAAUUGGAGAAGAUGAAAUAAAUACACAAUCACUUACUAUCAAAUGGCUAAAAAGCUAUGAACAAGAAAGGAUCAAUACUGUUGACCUAUCAAAUUUAAUAAUAAAAGUAAAAAAUUUAUAA